AUGCUGUGCUCCAUGGCGAACUCGGGCUGCCUCCUGCUGGCCAACUCCGGCAGCAUGCUCCCGCACUCCGUGCCGUGCCCGCCAGCCUUCCUCUACCUCCAACAGGGCAAUCAGGACGCCACGGCUCCGCCUGAAGCAAUGGCCCAGCCCUACCCCCCGGCCCAGUACCCCCCUCCGCCACAGAACGGCAUCCCCGCCGAGUAUGCCCCACCCCCACCGCACCCCACGCCGGACUACUCGGGCCAGACCCCGGUCCCCCCGGAGCAUGGCAUGACCCUGUACACACCAGCACAGACCCACCCGGAGCAGCCAAGCAGUGACACCAGCACACAGCCCAUCACAGGGGCCCAGACAGUGCCGCAGACAGACGAGGCGGCACAGACGGACAGCCAGCCACUCCACCCCUCCGACCCCACAGAGAAGCAGCAGCCCAAGCGGCUACACGUCUCCAACAUCCCCUUCCGGUUCAGGGACCCCGACCUGCGGCAAAUGUUCGGGCAAUUCGGAAAAAUUUUAGACGUGGAGAUCAUUUUUAACGAGCGGGGCUCCAAGGGUUUUGGGUUUGUAACUUUUGAAACUAGCUCAGAUGCUGACCGAGCCCGGGAGAAGCUGAAUGGGACGAUCGUAGAGGGCCGGAAAAUUGAGGUCAAUAACGCCACGGCCCGGGUCAUGACCAACAAGAAGACUGCCAAUCCCUACACCAACGGCUGGAAGCUAAAUCCGGUGGUAGGGGCAGUUUAUGGACCUGAAUUCUAUGCAGUGACGGGGUUCCCCUACCCCACGACCGGCACAGCCGUUGCCUACAGGGGCGCGCACCUGCGGGGUCGGGGCCGGGCUGUGUACAAUACGUUCCGGGCUGCACCGCCCCCGCCCCCCAUCCCGACUUACGGAGCGGUCGUGUAUCAGGAUGGCUUUUAUGGUGCUGAGAUUUAUGGAGGCUAUGCCGCCUACAGAUACGCUCAGCCAGCAGCAGCUGCAGCCGCCUACAGUGACAGUUACGGCAGAGUCUACGCGGCUGCUGACCCCUACCACCACACCAUCGGCCCCGCGGCGACCUACAGCAUUGGAACCAUGGCUAGCCUCUGCCGAGGAGGGUACAGCCGCUUCACCCCCUACUAG